AAUGUGCUUGGCGUCCGGAACAUGAGGCCAAAAUUUGUGCAAACUUUCACAAGAAAGCUACGCAUACUCUUGCUAGUUUGUUUAAUAAAGCUCGUAGAGAUAAUAACAAACCUAGCUGGGUUCUACCGGAGGAUUGGGCAAAAUUACUCGUGCAUUGGAAAUAUGAUCCAAGAUUUAAGCAGAUGAGUGAGAUCGGUAAAAAGGCAAGAUCAUCUACUAAGGGUGGUUCUCUACACACAAGUGGGGCUCAAAGUCAAGGAAGUGUGAGGAGGAAAUUGGAAAAGGAACUAGGAAGACCGAUAACUCAAGCUGAGGCAUUUAAGGCAACACACAUUAGAAAGAAGAAAAAUCCUGAAGAUCCAGACGUGUGGGUUGAACCGCGAGCUGAAGUGACCUAUAAUCGAUAUCUUCAAGCUUUGGAGGAUUUACAACAAACUCUGCCUGAAGAAAAUCGAGGUAUGCCACUUACUCAAGAACAGGAUGAGAGAGUUUGGUUAGACUUGACUUGUGGGCCGAGUAGAUAUGGGUAUGCAUAUGGAAUGCCGCAUAAAACCUUUCGUGAAUUUUCUUCUGAGUUUGAAGGCCUAAAUAGUUCAAAUCAUGAUGAAUCAAUGAAGAAAAAUUUGGCUAUGGAGAAAAAGAUUGUUGAGCUAUCUAGCCAAGCCGAAGAAUCACGGGCUAGGGAAAGGCGGUUGGAAUUACAGUUUGCGGGUCUUAAGGCUCAAUUCGAUGCAUUACUUGCCUCAGGAGGGAUUCCCCCUUGUUCUGGUGAUGUCACUUUCCCUCCUCGACCUCCUCAAUCUCAACCUACUCAAUAUCCAAUGUAUGGUCAACAAAGAAAUAUGACCCAUGAGAGUAGUGAUGAAGAAAGUGAUGAAGAAAGUGAUGAUUAUGUGGCAAACACACUACCACAUUAGUGAAGUUUAGACUUGUGAUAGUUAACUUAUGGAUCAUUUUGUUAACUUUAUAAUUUUGUGAUGGGAAUUAUUUGUUUUGUGAAUACAUGAUAACGUUGGAAUGUAUUAUAUAACUUAUGGAUAUCAUGGUUUUUGUUUAAUAUAUAAUUAUGUUGAAGUGA